AUGGUCUCACACACAUUCAAAGAAAAGAAGCGGCACUUUGAUGUUUUCUCGCAAGAUGAUCUCUUCUUAUCAUUCUUGUUUGAUGGUCCUGGAGUAUCAGAUUCUGAAUAUGCCCAAGAGUUGCACUUUCAGGAGGUUUUAGAAGUCUCCUGGGUGAUGAAUAUGAAUCCUUCAAAAAGAAAUACCGGGUCUUCCUCGUCUUUAGCGGUUGUGACUGAGGCAAACCCAAACAGAAGCCAGAUGAUAAUCAUAGACCCGGUUGAGAUAGGUGUUCAAAAAGAUGGUGGUGAGUCAUCAGAGAGAUUCUGUGAGAUUUGUGCGGAGAGAAAAGAGGCCAAAGAGAUGUUCAGCAUCGGGACCGUGUGGUCUCACACCUUUCGCUCUCUCCGCAUAAGCAGGUAUGUGGAGACCAAAGUCCUGGACACUGUCACCACCAUCAAAUGCCCAGGAUUGGAGUGUGAGGGUGUCCUACAGAUUAAUUCCUGCAGGCAAAUCCUCCCUGAGAAUGUUCUCUACAUGUGGGAGAAAUCGCUGUGUGAGGCGAUGUUUCUCGAGGCGCAGAAGUUCUAUUGCCCUUUCGAAAACUGCUCAGCCCUUUUGAUCAAGGACUAUGAUGGUGGGGAGGUGAUUAGAGAGAGUGAGUGUCCAGAUUGCCACAGGUUGUUCUGUGCCCAGUGUUCCGUGCCGUGUCAUGCCGGCAUGUCGUGCGAGGAGUUUUGGUCACUGAAUGAGGAUGAGAGAGGGAGUCUGGAUCUCAUUGUGAGGGAGCUUGCAAAGGAAAAGAACUAUGGGAGACGCCCCAAAUGCAAAUUUGAUGCGGAGAGGACUCAGGGUUGUGCUCGCAUCACUUGCGGGUUUGUGAUACGUUCACUGAAAAGAAUCACUUGCUAG